UUAAUACGUGCCAAAAUUCACUUCAUCCGGUGCACCACCCACCAGAAGGAAGGGAAGGAAAGAAGAAGAGGACCGCAUCUUCCUCGGUUGAGCCGGAAGGAGGGAGGAUAAUGCCUACCGUCACUUGCCCAGUCUUGCUCGACUCAAAUGAAUGAAAUUGAAUGUGGGCUUUUCGCUGCCCAAGCGACUUCUGUUGAUGUGGUGCUGUUCGUAGUGAUUGUUCGCUGAACUGAACAGCGAUGGAAUUGGCGUUUGGACCUCCGUCAUCCUUCCCGCCUGCAAAGACGUGUACCCGCGAAACUGAUGGUUUUCCAACAAGUCACCGCGUCCCGUUCAAGCUAUAUGAUCAACGAGGAGCUCGUUCAGUUACUUGUUGCGCCACCCAGAGAGCCCAGGUGCCAGAGCUUUCGUUGGAGAAUGAGAAACACAAUCUUCUAAGAGCUGUCCAGGAAACCCAGCGAGGUCUUAUUACCAGUGCCGAUCAACGUUCUAACAUUGAAGAGGCUAUGCAGGUGAACCUCGAGUGUUACUGUUCUGGUGUGCCAAUUGAUCUGGUGAAGUUGGAUGGGACAUGGCGUCUGCAGUAUACCUCUGCUCGUGAUGUUCUCAUUCUUCUUGAGUCUGCUGCUACUCUUCCUUUCUUCCAGGUUGGGCAGAUUUUCCAAAAAUUCAAUUGCCUGGAUCAGUCAAAUGGUGGUGUUGUCUACAAUGUUGUCAAAUGGAGCAUCCCGACUUUGCUAGAGGAAGACAAUGGUGUUACUCUGCUUGUUUCCGCAAAAUUUUCAGUCCUUUCUGCUCGUAACAUUUACCUUCAGUUUGAAGAGGUAACUUUUGAAGAUAUAAACAUCAGUGGGGAGCUGCAAGCUCUAAUAGCUCCAGCUCUGCUUCCACGGUCAUUUUUCAGCUUGCAGAUCUUGCAGUUUAUUCGUACUUUUAAGGCUCAGAUCCCCUUAGGAAAUCAAGAUAGGCGAUCAGUUGGUGGAUUAUACUAUCUUUCGUAUUUAGAUAACAACAUGCUGUUGGGGCGCGCUGUUGGCGGUGGAGGAGCCUUUGUUUUCACCAGAGCUCAACCUCUUUAGUCUUGAGACUAGACUAAUGAGGACCACAUUGGAAGUUUGCCCAGAUGCCACUAUGGAGAAUAUCUGUGCAAAGCGAAACUAUCUAGAAAGUGCUACCACAUUGACAUGGUUUUAUGCAGCCGAUGGCGAAUUUCAUUUCUAUUUGAAUUUAUUUGCCGCUCAUAAAAACAGAAGAGCAGCUGGUAUGUACUUCUGACAAUACUGUAUAUUAUCCAAACUGGAUUUGCAUACACUGCAAUUUUUUCAUCAAUUUAUCUCCCUUUAGACAAA